AUGGACUUGGAUAAGGCGGAGGAUGACGCAGCGCUGUGGUCAGGAGACAGCGGUGGGAGGGUAAUUACAAGCUACCGUGAGACUCCCGACCUCACUGGGGCUGAGGCAAGGCAAAAAGACAAGGGUCCCUUGUGGUUGCAAAUGCGACUGGCACCGCGCCCACUUGGCAUGCUCCCCAGCAGUGAGGCUGGAGGCGGGAACAACACUGACAGAGAGGCUUCCACUCAGCGUUGGACAUUGAUAUCUCCUUUUCUUGCCCGGGGGUGA